UGGGAGGAAAGAUUUCCCAUUGCAGUCUUAUCAACAACUCGGUGUUUCUUUAAAAAAAAUAAUCAGCGGUAUAAGCAGAAAAUAUGUGAAUUACAAAAUAAUAUCAAGCCAGGCAAUCACACUAUACGUUUUAGCUGUUAAGGUCUUAGUUUUUCAAUCAAUCACUGGGGAAAAAGAAAAGGGACUUCCACGUAAAUGAAACCUGGCGGUAUGAUGAUUUAUAAAAACGAUCUGGAAAAAGAGUUAGUCUCUGCUCCUCCCCAACGUUUCCGCCGAGUUAAAACUUCGCGCCUCCAAAUCGCAAAACCUGCAGGACAACACAAACUAAGUCUCGGGUUCAUUUGCUGCUUGAAAGAUUAAUUGCAGGGCAGCUUGCGAAGAACCCCGUCCCCUCUCUCCAUUAGAAACACACCUCUUUGUACACGGAGUAAGAAUUACGUUAGAAAGUGUGUUGCCUCCAGUUGUAGGAAAGAAACACCUUGGCAAUGAGUAAACGCCAAACGUCAAAGUGCAGCAAUCUGGGAAAAUCCAAAAAUCAUCAAAGAAAGGUGAAAAAACGACUUGUACUUUACAAAGAAGUGCCAAGUUCUCAGCCUUUAUUUCACACAUUCAGUGAUGCAGUUGAAAUCAGAGACUUCCAGAAGAGACUGCUAUCUUGGUACAAUAAAUGUAAACGAGAUCUGCCAUGGAGGACACUGGCUGCAACUGAAACUGAUGAUGACAAACGAGCAUAUGCUGUGUGGGUAUCAGAGAUCAUGCUCCAACAAACCCAAGUGGCUUCAGUGAUUAAUUACUACAAUCGUUGGAUGCAGAAAUGGCCAACCUUGCAGGAUUUAGCUGAAGCUUCGUUAGAGGAAGUGAAUGAACUAUGGGCAGGUCUUGGCUACUAUUCUCGAGGAAAAAGGCUCCAGGAAGGUGCACAUAAGGUGAUGUCACAACUGGCAGGUCAUAUGCCAAGGACAGCAGAAGAACUGCAGAAGCAGCUGCCAGGGGUAGGGAAGUACACUGCAGGAGCUAUUGCAUCCAUAGCAUUUGGCCAGGUGACAGGAGUGGUAGAUGGAAAUGUGACUCGAGUUUUGUGUCGUACAAGAGCCAUUGGUGCUGAUACUGCCAAUUCAGCUGCUGCAGACGCACUCUGGGCUUUAGCCCACACACUGGUUGACCAGACCCAUCCAGGUGACUUUAAUCAAGCAAUGAUGGAAUUGGGUGCAACUGUGUGUACUCCCAAGACCCCAUUAUGCAUGGAAUGUCCAGUGAAACAGCACUGCAGAGCUCUUCAUCAAGUGGAAAAGCAUCGGUUAAAUUCCACCAAGAGACUGUUAGGAAAAACUGCUUCUGAAAGCCUCCCUGUGUUAGAUAUGGAGGAAUGUGCUGCUGUCUCAGGGAGCUGUUCCCUCUGCCUGCCUCCUUCAGUACCAUGGGAGCCCAGCCUUGGUGUCACUAAUUUCCCAAGAAAGACUACCAAGAAGCAGCCCAGAAUAGAACACACAGCCACAUGCGUGCUACAGAGGAGAUGCAGUGAUGGGAAUCCAGAGUACUUUCUUGUGAGGAGAGCCAGCUCAGGUCUGCUAGCUGGACUGUGGGAGUUCCCUAGCAUCCUCCUUGAUCAAGGCCAGGAAAAGCAACAGAAAGUUAUUCUAGCAGAUCACCUCCUAGCCUCACUUGGCAAUGACUUGGCAGUGAGGCAACUACAGUAUGUCGGAGAGGUGCUCCAUAUCUUCUCCCACAUCCGCCAAACAUAUCUGAUCUAUUUUUUGAAUGUGGACAGAGAUGAGGAAAAUUGGAAUAGGAAUGUGGAACUGCCAGCAUCCCGAUGGGUGACCAAAACAGAAUUUCAAAUAUCAGCCAUCUCCACAGCUAUGAAAAAGGUCUUCAAAGUUUUUGAAAAAUGGAACUGUAGAAUCAACGAUGCCCAAGUUGUGAAGAAGAAGAAACGGGACUCUCUCAGGACCAGCCAAUUAAAGCCUGAAGAACAGAGUAGUUCUUCCAAGAAGCUGCUUUCUUUGCAUUCAUUUCUUAGAACUGGUCUCAAUAGCUGAUGGCAAGUUCAGGCACAGUAUAGAAAAAACAUAAAGAGUGUACAUCUUUGCACUCCCAGUAUUCUGAUACAGUAUUUUGAAACCUGGGUCAAUCAUUUUUUUUGAAGGGCUUGUGAAUAAGAUCCUCUAGGGACAUAUAUCUGCCCAGUAUUGCUAAUGUGAGAUACUGAAGCAUAAUGCUGUGACAUUGUCAUCUGGUUUCCUACUGAUUUGCUAAAUGUCUUAUUAAAUAAGCACUGCUCUUAACCUUGCAUGCUCAACCACAAUUUGAGUAGUGCCAAAGAAAGCUACCAACUAGCAGAUGUUUUGGGAUAUGGCACAUUGAAAGAAUGUGACAAAGCAGGAUAAGGAUUAUUUUUUAGAGCCAGUUUCUUUUGGGAACAGGUACCUGAAUAAUCAUUGUUUGUCUACACGCUACUUUGUAUUGCAUGCCAUUUUCCUGUAUGAUCAACUAUUUUAAUGCUUGGAAUGUCUUGUUUUAUAACUGGCUUCGCUAAUAAAACCUUAAUUAUUGUUUAUUUUUAAAAA